AUGUUCCCUGGGAAUAACUGCCGGUGCUUCCUGCGCAUCGUACACGGGUCCCUCACCACCGACGAACAAACGAGGCUGGAAACGCCCUACUCCCCAAGGCUGUGGGAGAUCCAUGACGUCCGGAGCUUCGUGUGCAUCAUGGCCGCGGACGGGCGGCCUGCACCGUCCGAAAAUGCUGUGCGGAAGCUGGAGGAGCUCCUCUGCCAUGCGCCUACAUGUGGGUCCCAGCUGCACCUCAUGGAUCACGAUGCUUUCAACAAGCCCAUGCGCAGCAACGGCAUAUAA